ACCUUCCAUGCAGUCCAGUGGAAAAUGGCUUGCUGUAAGAAUCUUCUCUUCCUCUCUCUAUUCCUCUGCCUCGCUUUCUCUUCCUUGGCCUACAGCAACAACAAUGACAAUGAAACCGAAAAAGGCAACGGUGCUCCCAACCUUCGGUCUAAGUCUCUAGUCCUGGUCAAGAUAUGGUGCUUGCUGUUGGUAUUUGUUGGGACUUUUGCAGCUGGAAUGUCACCUUACUUCUUAAGGUGGAACGAGGCGUUCUUGGUUCUCGGCACGCAGUUUGCUGGUGGUGUGUUUCUGGGAACAGCUCUCAUGCAUUUCCUGAAAGAUUCAGACGAGUCCUUUCAGGGCUUGACUGAAAAGGAGUACCCUUUCGCCUAUAUGCUGGCAUGUGUGGGGUUCUUGAUCACUAUGCUUGCUGAUUGUGUUGUUUCUUAUGUGUAUGGUAAGCAGAAAAGCAGUACUAGUGAUCCAGAAGUUCAAGGGAAGGAAGAGGCUCACAAGGGCCAUGAUACUCACCACAUUGCAGCAGUUGGUUCAUUCGGGGACACAAUUCUGUUGGUCGUAGCCUUGUGCUUCCACUCUUUCUUUGAGGGCAUUGCAAUUGGGAUAGCCAAGACAAAACCGGAUGCUUGGAAGGCCUUGUGGACAGUGUGUCUGCACAAAAUCAUUGCAGCUAUUGCCAUGAGCAUUGCUCUCCUUCGCAUGAUUCCCAGUCGUCCCUUCAUAUCAUGUAUGGCAUAUGCUUUUGUAUUUGCCGUUUCCAGUCCAGUUGGUGUUGGAGUUGGGAUCAUAAUAGAUGCCACAACUCAAGGUGCCACAGCAGAUUGGAUGUUUGCUAUUUCUAUAGGUUUGGCUUGUGGGGUGUUCAUCUUUGUGUCAGUAAACCAUUUGCUUGCAAAAGGUUACACAGCUCAAAAUGCGAUCUCUGUUGAUAAACCCCAGUACAAGUUUUUGGCUGUUGUUUUUGGUAUAGGGGUUAUCUCUGUUGCCAUGAUCUGGGACUAA